UCUUUCCUGUCAGCGCAGACUCCUGUGAGGGAAAGUUCGAAAACGUCAACAUCGAUUUGCUUCUUUUUUUUUGUCAUUAACGUGAUUAAAAAUGUAUCAGCCCACAUGUUUAUUAAACGAAUGGAUGAAGGAAAACAACGAGUUGGUAAACAAACUGAAGCAGCAGUAUGGAGGAAGAGACACCUUGAGUCGAGAUCAGAACCAGAAUCGUCUCCGGUGGUGUUCCUCUGAGUUUCACAAACUUUUAAGAAAAAUCCAAGGUGUCCCUCCUCUUGCGGAUGGCACUCAUUUGGAGCUGUCAGUGGCAUUCAAUGCCUGUGUGUGCACCAUAGCCCAGUCCCAGUUCACCGACGCUGAGCUACAUAUCACACAAGCCAUACAGCGAGCUCUACAGGCGAGAGAGGGCGACCUUCACCCUGUUGCUUCUGACCUUCCUGCAUUUUGGAAAAGUGUUCUGAAAUCACCUGGAAACACAGCUUUAAAUUCCUGUUUGCUGCACCUUCUCUGUCUGCAGUGGGCGGUAUGGUUGGCCACCUGUCGGCUGAAAACUAUACAGCAAUUUGAGGAGGACCUGUCCUCUCUGGUAGAGACACUAUGUGCAGGAGGUGAGGAUGACAGGGGGAGUAAAUUCAGAGGAAGGUGCUCUGACACUCCACUGCUGGUGACAGAACCAAGAAAGCUUGCUGAAUUCUUACAGAUCUCCACUUCAAUUACCCAAGGUGCUGAAAGACUGGCAGAGGGCCAGAGUUCCGAGGCAUUGUCUGGUCUGCAGAAAGCCACUUCCCUGUCGGCACCUAGAGCUCUAGCAGCAUAUGUUCAUCACCUCUCCGGGUCCUGCUUUGCCCACAUGAGUUGCCCUCAGAUGGCACUGCAAUGUUACAGGAAGGCACUGGAAACUGACUCCUGUUGUGUGUGUGCUCUGUACCAGAGCAUGCUCAUCUACAGACAGCUGGGAAACACACAGGCUGAGAUACAAGCUCUUCGCUUGCUGCACUCGACUUUGUUGUUGCCCUCUGCUUCAGUGCCUGCUCAGGCAGAUGUUCAUCCUCUCAACCCGUCGUUACUGCUCUGCAGCCAGUCACUAAACAGCCAGCUCUCAGUUCCCUCUGCCCUCUCUGUCCUUCACAAUUUGGCCCUGAAAUGUGUGCUUCAUGAGAGAGUGUCGGAGGGUGUGGAAUAUUAUCUGGACCUGCUGGCUGCUCUUCACUCAGAGGAUCCACAUGGAGCGAAAACACUGACAGACAUGCAAGAUCAUUUAACACUCUGUGCUAAGGCCCCUCCUCUCCCCGGGUUGCCCCAGAUUUACCUGGAGGCUGGAGCUGCCAUUCUCAUGGCCCGGCGGCCUUUUGAUUGCAUGGCACUUUGCAAUGAAGUCAUCAGCACGACUGCGGAACUGCUGCCAGAGAGGCUGGUGUUAGAAGACCCAGAGGAGAGGAGUGAGUCUGGGACCAGGGAUGUGGGUGCAGAAGGGGUAGAUAAGGAAGCUGUGUUGCUCUGGACUGGGGCUGCCUACCUACUGCUGGGUCACUGCCACACUCAUCUGAAAGACUGGAAACAAGCUGUGACUCACUAUACCAGGUGUAUCAACCUGCUGGUGAAGGUCCACUUUAAAAAGAAAGGUUUCCAACCACAGAUACCCAGCGCAGACAUGGUUGUCAAGCAAGGAACAAAUUUGUGCAUCCUCCAAAGGCUAAAGGGGCUUUCACUCGCUGGUAGAGGUAUCAGCUUCACCCAGAUGGACAAACUGAAAGAGGCACUGAGAGACCUCCUGCUCAGUGUGCAGGCAUUCCCUGAGUGUGUGGGUGCAGAGCUCUGGUGUGGUGAAGUGCUGUGGAGGCUUGGCAGGAAACAGGAGGCAGCAGCUUGUUGGGAGAAGAGCUGGAUCCUCAACACAAAAUCCCCAGUGGAAGAUCUUCCACUGUACCUACGUGAACUGCAGUCUGGACCUUCAUUGGACUCCACAGAGCUGCGGCAAAGAAUACAAGAACUUGGUCCUGUCUAGACGAUGGAAUGGCACAAAUAAAGACCCACUGAACACUUUCA